AUGGAAAAUAAAGAAGAGAAUUACAAGAAUUAUAUGGAUGAAAUAAAAAAGGUUUCAAACAUUAUACAAGGAAAAAACAUCGAUUGCUUUGCAUCUAAUUCAACUAUUGAUGAAAAUAAAAUAUUGAAUGUAAACGAUAUAUGUAAUAUAUAUAUGGUUGAUAAGAAUUGUGACAAAAAUAAUAUUUAUAAAAAGGAUUCAGAAAAAGAAUGUUUUAUUGAAGAAAUCCCCCCAAAAAAAGAGAAUGAGAAAAAUUUAUGUGUUCAAAAAAAAGUAGAUGUAAUAGAACCAUUUAUAUCAACAGAUGAAAUUAUUAAAUGUAAUAAUAACACAAAUGAAUAUAAUCAUAAUAUUGUAAAAAAUAUUAAGUUAGAAGAGUUCAAAUCCACUACCAUAUCUGAAUCAGAAUCAGAAUCUUUAUGUGUUGAAAAAAAUAAAUAUCAUAUUAAUCAUGUUUAUAAGGUAAUGAAGAAUUUUAUAUUAAAAUAUAUGGAAUCUGAUAAUAAAACAAAUAACACAAAACUAAUAAGUAAUAACAUAAACGUAGAAGGAUCAAGUCGUUAUAAACAUAUAGGCUAUCCAGAUUUACGUUCAUUAGGCAUGUGCUUAUAUUAUAUAUUGAAAGGAAAAGUACAUGUUGAUAUUUUAAAGAAAAUUUUUUUUAGUGAUAAAAAAAAAGAUAAAGAUGAAAAUAUAAAAAGGAAUUAUAAUAUGAAUAAUGAACACACUGAUGAUAAUAAGGACAACAAUUGUGAUGUCACUACAAUAGAGAAAGAAAAAAAUGAAAUAUAUCAACAAGAACAAAAUGAAAUAUAUCAACAAGAACAAAAUGAAAUAUAUCAACAAGAUCAAAAUGAUAAUGAUAUGCAUAAUGAACAUAUACAUAAUGAACAUAUACAUAAUGAACAUAUACAUAAUGAACAUAUACAUAAUGAACAUAUACACAAUGAACAUAUACAUAAUAAUGAUAAUCAUUUAAAUGCAGAAAAAAUUGUUAUGUGUUUAAAUAAAUUAUUAUGUCAAGAAGAAAUUAUUAAUAUAAAUAAUACAGAACAAAAAGAAUCUGAUAAGGUAUAUGAAGAUAUAGCAUUGGAAUUUGUAAAUUAUAUGAAAAAUAAUAAUAUAAAUUUUCUAGAAAAUUUUGUUGAUAACUCAUCAAAUAAUGUAUCUGCAGAGAUCCUUGAUGGUUCUAUGGAAUAUUACAAUGAAGAUUUAAAAAAUGACAUUACAUCACCAAAAAAUAUUAUCUCACAAAUUAAUGAUAUGUCACAAAAAAAUUCUUUAAAGAACAAAGAAAUAAAUAAAAAAACGUUCUGUUCAUUGAACACCUUUAAAGAUGUUAUUAUUCAGAUUCCUUUAUUUUUACGUUAUUUUAUAUACACACAUGUAUCAAGCAGCAUGAUGAUAGAUCCAAACAGAUGUAUUCAUAAUAAAAAGAAACUAAAAAAAAAAAUGAUGAACGAGAUUAUGACAGGUAUAUUAAAUUCUGAUGUGAAUAUAUUUAUUGAAGAAUUAUUAUGUAAUAUAAAAGCAUGCUUUCUAGAAAUUCUAGAUUAUUUAAAAGAAUAUUGUCGUUAUAAUUGUAUCGAAUUUAAUGAUGAUAAUUAUUUUUAUCAUUUCUGCCAAAUAAUAUCUAUCGAGAAAACAUAUUUUGAUUUAAAGACAAUAAUAUUUUAUACAAAGAAAUAUCAGAAACUCAAGAAAAAAGUUAUAAAAAAAAUUAAAAAUAGAAUAUCAUCUGAUAAUUUGAAUUAUGAUCAUAAUAAAAUUAUAACAGAAAAUAUUGAAAAGUUAAAUGCUCAUAUAUUUGAUAUAUCUACAAAUAAAUAUGUAUAUCCUUUAAAAGAAGAUAAUAUCUUGACUAAUCAGAAAGAGAAUUAUUAUGAAUGGAUGUUAUCAACUAUAUAUAAUAAAGAUGAUGACAUUCAAAAUGAUCAACUUAAUAAACAUACAAAUAAAUAUAAUCUUAAUGGAUAUAAUAAUUUUAUUAAUAGAUGUUUUAAAAGAAAACUAUAUAAUAAUGAACAGGAAAAAAAUCAACACUUUGAUAAUAUGACACAUAAACAAAUUAAAUUAGAUUCUGUUUCUACAGAUAUGAAUAGUAAAAAAUAUUAUUUAUCAAAGAAUGAAAUAUCAACAAUUGAAAGACAUACAAAAGAUAAAGAUACAAUUAUUUCAUCCAAUCCUUCCUGUCAAAAGAAUACACAGUCAGAAUAUAUAUUCAAAAAGGAACAUACGAUUAAUCAUGUUGAAGAAAAUAAAAACAUGCAAGAUGAUAACUAUGAUCACACCAAUAAAGAUCAAACAAACAACAACAUGGAGCAACCAAAUGAUAACAAUAAUGAUAGACAUAAUGAUAAUCAUAAUGAUAAUGAUAGACAUAAUGAUAAUUAUGAAGAAGAAGAAGAGGAGGAGGAGAAUAAUAUUUAUUAUGCUCCUAGUAAUAUGAGGACUGGCAUAGAUGUAGAUAAUGAAAACGGAAAUGAAGAUAUUUAUAAAAAAAUACAUCUAGAAAAUAAUGUUUAUGAUAAUAUUAUUUAUAAUGAAUAUAACACAAUAAAAAAUGCAAGUUCCAAAUUUGUUGAUAGUGUGGAUGAUAAUAUUUCUCUUCAAAUAGAAAAAAUGACAAAUGCAAAUGAAGCUGAUCCAAAUAAUAAUAAGGAUUAUAAUUAUAACAAUGAACAUAUUUGUAGUGGUGAUUCUAAAAAUAUCAACAUUGAGGAGGAGGAUGAGGAGCAUGAUGAAAAAAAAAAUAUCUUACCUAUCGCAUGCAGCCAAGAAGAAAUUCAAAACAACAAAAUAAAUAAAAUAAAUGAAGAUAAGAAAGACGAUUAUUCUCAAGAACAAUAUUAUAAAAGAAUAACACGAAAAAAUAAAGUAAAAGUAAUUAUUGAACAAACCGAUGAGAAUGACCAAAAAAUGGAACUAUUAGCGAGUGACAAUAAUGAUAAUUUAGAUAAGAUAUCAUCUUAUGAAAAUAUAAAAAAACAAAAAAAAAGAAAAAGAACAAAAAGAAGAGGAAAUGACAAAUCUGAAAAUUAUCAUAAUGGUCAUAAUGGUCAAAACGAUAAAGAUAUAAAAAGUAUAGAAAAUUAUAUGCAUAAUUUAAAUGUCACAAACGAUGAACUUAUAAAUAAUGAUAGUAUGAAUUCAAAAAUGUUAUCAAAUCUAUUUGAGAAUCAUAAUUCAACAAAAUUUAAUAGCACUAUUCCAAAUAAAGAAAGCAUGUCAUUUGAAAAGGAGACCUUGAAUAUUUUAACAACACCAUCAAAAGGUAAUCCUAAUAAAUGUGAUAACACUGAAGGUUUGAAUAUGAAUAUAAAUAAAGAGAAUCAAAAUAAUAAUACCAGUAAUAAUAGUAAUAAUAAUAGUAAUAAUAAUAGUAAUAAUAAUAAUAAUAGUAGUGGUAGUAGGAAAGAUAAUAGUGAUGAUCAUCUUCAUAAUAACAACUUUAUAAACUCUAUUCAAAAAGAAUGCAAUGAUGUGAAUAGUCCUUAUAGGUCUCCUCUUAUAUUAACACAUAAUACACAUCAUUUGAUGAAUUCUAAAUGUUAUGAUAAUGAUUAUAUUAUAAAUAUAAAUAAAAAAAUAAAUCGAAUGAAAAAGAAAUGUAUUAACAAAAUUAUGAGUAGUCUAUUCUCACAAAAGAUUUAUAAAUAUGCUUUAAUAUUUUCUUCUAUUUUAAAAAAUGAUGGAUGUAUAUCUUUGUUAAGUAUACAUGCAAUAAAGAAUAUUGUUUUAAAGUUAUAUCAUCUGAGAAUUCUUGAGAUACAACAAAGUGUAGAUAAAAAUAAUAAAUAUAAUAUUAAUAGUUGUAAUAAUGACAUAUUCAAAGAAAAGAAAAAUAAUUUUUUUCAUUUACCUCAUGAUCAUAUCAUAUCAGCUACUGACGAGACAUAUAUAAAUGAUAAUAAUAAUAAUAAUAAUAUUAAUGUGGAGAAUAUAGAGAAUUAUAAAGGUGCUAAAGUAUUUAAAAAGAUUGGAUGUGAAAAGAAUUAUAAUUGUAAUAUAUCUGCAAUAAAUGAUAAUAAAAUAGAUGAAUAUUAUAAUUCAAAAAAUGAAAGUGACAUGGAAAUUAGACAGUAUUUAAAUAAUAUGAAUAUAAAUGAAUAUUAUGAUAUAAGAGAGAACUUAAAUAUGAAUAUAUUAAUUCAAGAAUUUUUAAAAAAAAACUUGAAUGAAGAAAAUUGGAAUAUUUUUUGGCAAUGGUUAUAUGACAAUGAAGAUAUUAAUAUAUCAACAUUUAAAAAAUAUAUAAUUAAUCAUAUAAAGAAUUUAUUGUUGAAAGGGGGUGAUAUAAAUAAGUGUGAUCCAUCUGAGGUGGUAGCACCAGAUAUGACUGAAAGAGAAAUAAAUACGGCAAACAAUACAAACAAUAAUAAUAAUAAUAAUAAUAAUGAUAGUAAUAAUAAUAAUAUUGAUCAUAUUGAUCAUAUUGAUCAUAUUGAUAAUAAUAAUUAUAAUAAUUACAAUAAUGAUGAGAAAGAAAAAAUAGAAAAACUCCUACAGUUUUAUAUAUCCAACAACGUAAAUAUAAAUUCAGAAUUUAAUAAAGUGAAAGAAUUUUUUGAACAAGAAAAAUGUAAUGGAUAUUAUAAUAAUCAAAAAAAACUGGAGAUAUUAAAAAAUGAAUAUCUACAUGAUAAUAUAUUAGAUUAUAUAAGAGCUAAUGUUUUAUAUGAGGGAUAUAUGGAUAAUCACCAUAUAAAUAAAAGAGAUAAUAAUAAUAAUAAUAAUUACAACAAUAAUUACAAUGGUGUAUUUAAUUUUUGUAGUGGUGAUGAUAGAUUGGGUUAUGAUCUGACAAAUGAAGAAGAUGAGAAUAUAAAAAAUAUCCAUAAUUUAUUAUGUCAAUAUAAUUCAUCAGAAAAACAUAGAAGAGAACAUAUUCAUAAGAAUAUAUAUAAUGAAGAUGAUCAGAAUAAACAAAUAGAUGAUAAAAGUUAUAUACAAACAUUAAAAGAUCUUAACGAUUUAAGAAGUAUAUAUAAAAAUAAACAUGUAGAUAUAUUUAAAGAAAUGAAUGAAUGUGAAUUUUUAUUUGAGGAUGAGAAAGGUAAAUAUAACAGAGAAGAUAAAAAUGAUGUAAAUGAAAAUGAUGAUAAUAUAAAUGGUGGUGAUAAUAUAAAUGGUGGUGAUAAUUCAAAUGGUGGUGAUAAUUUAAAUGGUGGUGAUAAUUUAAAUGGUGGUGAUAAUUUAAAUGGUGGUGAUAAUUUAAAUGGUGGUGAUAAUUUAAAUGGUGAUGAUAAUUUAAAUGGUGGUGAUAAUAUUAAAUUAAAGGACUUGACAUAUAAAUUAAAUGAUAAUAAUAUAAAAAAUAAUAAUAUGAAAAAUAAAAAUAAAAAUAAAAACGAUAUUAUUCAUAAAGUAAAAGAUUUAUCAUGUAAACUAUCUGAGUUAUAUAACAACAAAACUGAUUUAACCUACAACUUAAAUGACUCAGAUGACGAUCACAAUAAUAAUAAUAAGAUGAAUGUUGAACAGGAUGAUAAGGCAGAACAAAUUAUAAAUAAUAAUAAUAAUGAUGACAACAAUGACAAUAAUAAUGACAAUAAUGACAAUAGUGAUAAUAUAAAUAACAACUUGGAUCAGAUGAGAGAUGAAAAAAAUACUAGUAGAGUUACUAAAGAAAUGAACUGUAAAGACAAUAUUUUAAAUGUAAUAAAAAAUAAAAAUUUAAGUGCUCAAGAUAUUUUAUAUUAUCAAAAAUUAUUAUUAUGCUUAAAAUAUGUGGGAGAUCAUAACACUGCUAUAAAGAACAACGAAAAUUAUAAAAAUUAUGAAAAUUAUAGAAAUUAUGAAAAUUAUGAAAAUUAUAGAAAUUAUAAAAAUAUUCAAAAUAUUCAAUGUGUUGAUAAUUCUUUUAAUUAUGAUAAUAAUAAUAAUAAUAAUAUAUUUUAUAAAAACAAAAUGAAUAAUGUAUUUAGCUAUCUAAAAAAUAUUCCUUAUAGUAACAGAAAUAAUAAUUGUUUUUUAAAUAAAUAUUAUAAUUUAAAAUAUACAAAUAACAAUCAAUAUAAUAAUCAGAGUGAUCAUAUUAAUAACAAUAUGAAUAAUUUUGUAGGUGAUAAUUAUAUAAACAAUGAUCAAAUAACAAAUAACAUGCAAUCAUUAUUUGAUAAUCUUAUAAAUAAUAAUAAUUAUGAUAAUGAUUAUAAUCAUUUUUUCAAUUAUCUUCGUAAUCAAAAAAUGAUGGACAACCAAUUAAACGAACCUAAAAACAAUCACAACAACAAUAAUAUGAAUAAUGUGAAUACUACCAACUAUAAUGAUCUUUUAUAUUUAUUGUAUUUAUAUGAACUGUCUAAGAAAAAUAAAAAUGCAAAUAUGCCACAUAUAAAUAAUGAUAAUGUAUAUAAUUUUUUAAAUAAAUAUUUUUUAAAGAAUAUGAAUAAUUCUGAUAUUUCAAUGAGAGACAGUCAAGAUGAGUAUAUACAAUCUAGUGAGAAAAAUAAUAAAGAUAAAGAUAUAAAUGAAGAACAUGAUUAUAAUAAUAUAAAUCAUUUUAAUAAUGAACCUAUUCAUAAUAAUGUAACAUAUCUUUCAAACGAAGAUAAAGAAAACAAUAAUCAUACAAAACAAAAUAAUACAGAUGAUAAUUAUGUUUAUAGAAUGAAAAGAAAAGAAAAAUAUUGUAGAUUAAUAGAAAAUAAUAAUAACCAAAUGGAUAUAUUAUCUCAGAAUAAUAAUAUAAGCAUCAAUAAAAAAAAAAACCAAUAUGCUAAUUUUAAUCUCAACUUAGAUGAUGAAAGCAACCUAUCUACUUAUGAAAAUCAAGAACAUAAUAAUAAUAAUAUAACAUGCAAAGAUAAUUAUAAAAAUAAUAAAAACUAUUAUUUACAAGAUGAACAAAAUUAUUCAAGACAUGAAAAUCAUAUAAGAAUGUUAGAAAGUUAUAAAAAGAAUUUUAAAGAAAAAAUUCCUUAUCAUAUGAAAAAUAAAUAUUUAGCUAUGUCAUCACAAAGUAAUAAUAAUAAUAAUAAUAAUAAUAAUUCUAUUUAUUCGUCUAAUAUGGAAUCUUAUAUGAAUAGAUUAAAAUCCACAAGACUGAGAAGAAAAAAUAAAUAUGACAAAUAUGAUAUGGAUGACAAAAACGAUAUGUAUGACAAAUAUGAUAUGCAUGACAAAUAUGAUAUGUAUGACAAAUAUGAUAUGCAUGACAAAUAUGAUAUGUAUGACAAAUAUGAUAUGUAUGACAAAUAUGAUAUGUAUGACAAAUACGAUAUGUAUGAUAGAUAUCAUAGAUACAAUAAAUAUAAUAAUUACUUAUCAACAUUAUCUUAUUCAAAUAUGAAUGAAGUUGAACAUAAUACACAUAUGGAUGAGCUAGGUCAAUAUCUUUUGGUUCCUGGAGGUGAUUCUCAAAAUUAUGAACACGAAGAAGACAAUAAAAAUAAUAAAAAUAAUGAACCCAAUGAACAUAAUAAUCUUUGUGGUAGUAAUAAUCAUACUAGUCGUCAUCAUUUCAGACGCCCACAUGACAAGUUUAAUCUUUAUAAUAAUAAUAAUAAUAAUAUGGUGGACAAUUUUGUUAGGUAUUAUAAUAGGAAUGAUAAGAAUUCUUCGUCGUCUUUCUUCAUAAAUAAAGAUUUAUAUAAUUCUUUUGACGAGUUAAAUGAAAGUAGCCAUGAUGAAGAUACUCUGAGACAUGAUAAUUAUUUUAGAAAAAGAAAAAGAACACAUUUAAGAGGAAAAUAUUAUUUACAAAGACAAGAAAAUGACUUAGAUGUAAUGCGUAAUAAUAUAAAUGAAUUUGAUCAUAUGAGGAAUAAUAAAUAUAAUUAUAAUCAUUAUGAAGAGAGACAAGAACGUGAAGAUGAUGAGCUCCAUUAUGCAGAUGAUGAUGAUGAUGAGAAUAUCAAUAUGUUGAAGAAUAGAAAUAUGUAUUCUCAAUCAUUAUUAAGUCACAGAAAAUUAAAUGAUAAAGAGAAAGACAAUACAUAUGCUAGUACAUAUAAUAAGAGAAGGGGAUUGCGUGCAGAUAUAUCAGCAGCGGGAAAUAAGAAUGAAGAAGAAAAGAACAGGAAUGGAUUUGUUAAUACAGAUAUCACACCAGAAUAUGGAAGAGGAAGAAGAACAAAAGUAGUUAAUCAGAAUUAUAUAAAAAAUUAUGAUUGUGAUACUAAAUAUUAUAAUAAAAAGGAAAAGGCAAAUGCCAUAACAAACAUGCAUAUAAAUGUAUUAAAUAAUAAUAAUUCAUUAUGUGAUGGAAAUAAUAAAGAUAAAAUAAUAAAAACAAAUACAGAAUCUUCUUUAAUAAAUAAAAAUAAUAAUAAAAGUAAUAUUACAACUAGAAAAAUAAAUAAUUGUAAUAAUAAGAUGAAAAAUAAUUUAUUAGACAACCCUGAAGAUUAUGAAACAAAAUUAGCAUGUUCUGAAUUAAAACCUCAAAGAGGUGUUUAUUUUGACAGAUCACAAAAAGCUUGGAUAGGUAGUUGGUAUGAAGAAGGAAAACAAAUUAAAAGACGAUUCAAAAUUAAAUAUUAUGGAUGGGAUGAGGCUAGAAGUCUAGCUAUAAAAGCAAGAUUUGCCUUUGAAAAUAAAACAAAAAAUUUGAAAGGCAAAAAAGGACCUAACAGUAAAAAUAAAAAUGAUAAGAAUGAAAAAGAAGGAACUCAUAAAAUUAUUGACAAUGAUAAUGUGAAUGGAAAUGAAAAUGGAAAUGUAAAUGAAAAUGUGAAUGAAAAUGUGAAUGAAAAUAUGAAUGAAAAUAUGAAUGAUCAUGUCAAUGAAAAUGUAAAUGAAAAUAUAAAUGAACAUGUCAACAACAAUAUAAAUGAAAAUAUAAAUGAAAAUGUCAACAACAAUGUGAAUGAAAAUAUAAAUGAACAUCAUAUGAAAGAUAAUUCUAUGAAUGAUGCACAAUCUAUGAUAGACACAAACGUAAAUAUAAAUCCUUAUCCUAUUGAAUCUUUAGAUCUUUUAAAAGAUAAUAAAGAAAAUUAUAUGAACAAUAUCAAUGUGGACGAUAUUGUAAAUAAAAGAAGCAUGUCUACAAGAAAUACAGGAGUAAAUAUAUCAAAAAAUAAUAAUAUAAAUAAUGAUGAUAAUAACACUAAUAAGAGAGAUACCAGAAGAAAUAUAUAUAAGAGAAGAACAUAUGCUCAUGAUAAUGAUGUCAAUAUUGAUAAUAAAGAAUUUAAUAAUGAAAGGAAGAAGAAAAAAAUCAAUAUGAGUAAUAAUAAAAAUAAUGAUAAUAUUAACAAUAAUGAUAAUAUUAACAAUAAUGAUAAUAUUAACAAUAAUGAUAAUAUUAACAAUAAUAAUAAUAUUAACAAUAAUAAUAAUAAUGAGGUUAUACUAAGUAUUCAACAUAAUAUAAAUAUAAAAAACGAAAAUGAUAUUAAUAUGAUAUAUUCUUAUAAUAAUAAACACAAUGCUAAUAUAAAUAUCUCCUCAUAUAAUAAUGUCAACAUCAAAAAUAAUACAUAUGAUGAUCAUAUAUAUAAUGAUAUCCAAUAUGAUGAAAAUAAAAAUGUGCAAGAGAAUUUUAUGAACAUGUCAUCCUUACAACAAAAUACAAAUAAUAUAUAUGGUGAUUUUAAUAAUGACAAGGAAAAUGAAAAUAAUAUAAGUCAAACUGUGAUCAAUAAAGAAAAUGAUAAUGUUCAAACAAAACAAGAAUAUAAAGAAAAAAAUCACAUGUAUACACCAAAUAAUUGUAAUAUGUAUGAUUAUAUAAACAAAGAAAAUUAUAUGAAUGAUAAUAUUAUGUCACAUGUUGAAGGUAUGUAUAUUCCAGCUAAUUAUAUGAAUAACAAUAAUAAUAAUACAAAUAUGGAUAGUACAUAUAAAAAUAAUAAUAAUUAUAUUAACUAUGAAGAUGUUAUAAACUAUGAGCAGUCUAAAACCAAAUUAUAUCAACAAAAUGGAAAUAAUGAAGAUAAUAAUAAUAAUAAUAAUAAUAAUAAUGAUAAUAAUAAUUAUAAUUUUUAUAAUAAUCUCAAUACAGAUGCAUUUAACAAUUUAAAUAAUAAUAAUGAAGAGACAAACCUUGAAGAUUGUUCAUCCAUUAAUGUAUCAAAUAAAAAGAAUGUUGAUAAUAUAAACAGAAUAGAAAAUAAAAAUACAAAAAAUGUAUAUUUAAAAUAUUCUUAUUGUAAAUCCUUAGAUAAUUGUAAUACAUAUGCAAAAGGUAAUAAUAAAAAAUCAGGUGAUCAACAAAAUAUAUUAGAACAAUCAAUAAAAUUACCACAAGGAGUUUUUUAUCAAGAUUCUAAAAAAGCUUUCUGUGCUAAUUGGUAUUCAAAUGGAAAACAAGAAAAAAGAUAUUUUUCUAUUAACAAAUUUGGAGAAGAAAAAGCUAGAAAUUUAGCAAUAGCAGCAAGAAAAAAAUUCGAAAAUGUUUAUAAAAAAAAUGGACAUGGGAAUAAAAAAGAUAAUUCUAUGUCUUCUGUUAUGAGAAAUAAUACAAAUAAUGAUAUUAUAAAUAAAUCACAAGAAAAUAAUGAUGAAAUGUUAUAUCACAAAAAUAAUCAUUCUGAUCAAAUAGCUAAAAAGGAAAUUAUCGAUCAGGACGUGUACUCUUUGAAUGUGAUAACAAAUCCACUUAACAACUGUAUGGAGGAAGGCAAAGAUAAAUAUAAAGGACCCACCAGCAACAGCAUUGUUGGAAGUAACAAUACAACAGAAGUAGUAAACAACAAUCAACUUGAUGAUGAUUAUGAUGGUGAUGAAGAUAUCAAACAAGACACAGGAACGAACCAUAUGAAUGAUCUGAAUAAUGAACAUGUUGAUAAAAAUUAUAAGAAUUAUAAAAAUUAUCCAAAUAUCACAAAUGAUGUUAAUUAUCAAGAUAAUAGAAAUUUUCAUCAGUUACAUAAUAAUGAUCAUGUUAAAGGUCAAAGAGGAAGAAAACCUUCUAAACAUUUAAAUGUAUCUCAACAAAAUAAUAAAAAUGAUACAUAUGAAAAUUGUCAUAAGAAUGAAAACGCAGAAAAUAAUCAAAAUGAUCAUAUGCUUAAUAUAAACAAAGAUAUAACAGAUAAUAAUAAUAAUAAUAAUUUACAUCUUUCAAAUAACGAAAGAAUUAAUAAAAAUAUAUCAUAUGAAAAUUUAAAUAUUGAUCAUACAACAAAUGAUCUCUUACAAUCAUCUUGUAAAGAUAUGAAAGCAGAUAACUUUAAUAAACAUUAUUCAAAAAAUUCUUUAAAUAAAAAUCUUAAAAAAGAAUUAGACGAUGUUAAUAUGGUAAAUAAAAUUGAAAAAACAGGAUCAACACCUGCAGGAGUAUAUAUGAUUAGAAUUAAUGGAGUUGUGCAAGCUUGGAGAGCUGAAUGGAGAAGUCCAAGUGGUUGUAAAAGAACAAAAAAUUUUGGAAUUAAUACUUAUGGUACUACCUUAAGUAAAAAAUUAGCUAUCGAAAUGAGAGCAAGAAUGACUGGAGAAUGCUUAAUUUCUGAUGAUGGUACUGUUUUUGAUUAUUCAACAAAAAAAGGAACUAUGAGUAGUUAA